AUUUGUAGACAGGCAAAUUAUUGGACACAUCAAAUAUAACUACAGUGAGUCAAGCAAGCUGUCAGUUUGUGCUGUCGCUUCAGUAUUUAUGUUUUCUGAAAGCGUUCACUUACUUAUUGGUUUAUAUUAAAGACCUCGUUUGUCAAGAUGCCGAAGGGAGGAAAGAAGGGUGGACAUAAAGGUCGCAUGCGGACUUACACGAGCCCAGAUGAAAUCGAUGCUCAGAUGAAAGCAGAAAAGGAGAGGAAAAGGCUAGAGCAAGAAGAAGGGGGGGAGGGUGCAGCACAGGAUGACAAGACAGAGGAGAAGUUACCAGGCUCAGGAUCAGAGGACAGUGAUGAUGAAGAUAGCCAGAGGAGGAGAGCAGGAGUGGAAGGAUUGAUAGAAAUUGAGAACCCCAACAGACUGAGUCAAAAGACCAAGAAAGUCACACAGAUUGAGCUGGAUGAGCCCAAGCAGUUAUCAAGGAGAGAGAGAGAAGAGAUUGAGAAGCAGAAAGCGAAGGAGCACUACAUGAAGUUGCACAUGGCAGGGAAGACGGACCAGGCCAAAGCUGACCUCGCUCGCUUGGCUAUUAUCAGGAAACAGAGAGAGGAUGCGGCAAAAAAGAAAGAUGAGGGAAAAAAAGCAAAAGAAGCAGCGGCGGCAGCAGCUCGAGGAGUAAACUCCCUCUCACUGAAAUGAUGCAGAGUAUUUAUCAGAGGCAAAUUCACAUGUUUGUGGACUGGUGCAAUAUGUGGCUAUUUUUUAAAAGAAGAGCUAUGAAGAAUAUAUAAGACAUUAAGGUAAUAAAAACCACUUGGAAAUGGUUAUAAGUGA